AUGCCGGAUUUAUCCAUACGAGAUACAAACGGCGGCUCUGCCAAUGGCAACCGCAAAGAUGAGGACACACUUGAUGAUAGAUGUGGGAGGAGCCUAGAGAGGGAGAAACAAUAUCGAGAUAAUUCCGUAGUCAAGACAACAUCCAAGUAUCCAACACCGCCGGCCGACCCUUUUCCUACCCUUGAAAUCACUGCCUCGACUCCAGUUACGCCGAAGUUCGAGGGACGCGACACGGCCUUUAACACAAAUGGCUCGAACGAGAAAGCGAGGGCUAACAGAACCGGGUAUAUUGUAGAGGGAACACCUAAUAAGAGUUACAGUAACAGCAGCAUCAGUAGCAUCGGCAGUGUCAGCGGACACUCAUCACCUGUCGCAACCUCCAACAGCAUCCCCGAUAAGCCUAUCUCCAACCGAACUACCGAGUCAUCUACCAAGCCGCGUACAUAUUCCACAUCGAAGUCGGCUACGAAGAAGGCAAGCCAUGAAAGUGUUAGGAAGCUCUCUGCUUCCCAGAUGCAGGCCUUAACCUCGUCUCCUGACUCGUUACCUAUCGCUGUCGUUCCUCAGCUUCCCCAACGCAAACCCAACGGUGCUGAAUAUCCAAUGUCCGCUAGUGUUGCCGAGUCUGUAGCACGUCCUUCGAUGUCAGAGCAAUUACGAAACAGUAUUCGAACACCAAGUACAGAGGAGAGUUCACCAGUUAUACCAACACCUAGCGAGGCCCCGAAAACAGCAGCCGACUUUCGACGCCCACCCGCCUCAUCGCGAACGCUUUCCACCCCUCCUAUCAAUAGGAGAUCUUCUACCGGCCCUUCUACAACGGAGUCAAAUGCCACCAGACGAAAUUCGUUCAACCCUCUACCCCGUCCUCCCCCGCUGAAUCUAUCCUCCGUUGUGCCCAAAACUUCCAUACCUCCCUCUAAGCCAGACCGAUCCGAUCCGUCGCCGCCGUCUCCCAUACUACCAGCUAUACCUCUUCCACCGAUGUCAAUACCUACCCAUCUCCAACUCGAAUUAGCUGGUCAACGCCCUAGCCCUCUGUAUAUUCACCAUUCUCAGUCUGCCGAUACGCCGUAUGAAUCUAGUGCAGUCAAAUUUGAGCGGCUGCUAAAUGCUCUCUUAUUACCACCGUAUCUCGAACAUGUCUUGACUUUUGGCACUCUUGCUUGUCUAGAUGCAUGGUUAUAUACAUUUACCAUUCUACCUAUGCGAUUUCUCAUCGCUCUUGGUGUGUUAAUACAAUGGUGGGCAUACGUAGUGUGGAAGGAAGUCCGAUGGGUUGUUGGUUAUGUUUGGCAAGGCACUUGGCGUCUCUGGCAGAGAGGGAGGAGGGGGCGAGCUUCGUCACGCAACCGAUCUGAUAGCAGUCAGGCGGCGAGUGAAUCCGAAAGAAGUCAGAGCCGAGCAAGAGAAAGCAGCACCAACAUUCGCCAGAACGGCUCUGCAAGGCAUCGCACCUCUUCUGAAGCAACAAACAUAUCAACCCAGGAGACCCCUCGGUUAAAUGGGAAUGGUGUGUUCCAUCCGCCGAAACACCCCAUGCCAGGUAGACUUGGAGGAUUUCGCCAUCGACGGACAAAAUCGCAGCCUUCCAACUUGACAUCUUACCAUAAGGCCGAUCUUUUGCAAGGGUUCGUCCUCAUUUGUAGCUCCAUGGCAUUAAUGAAUCUGGAUGCAAGCCGUAUGUAUCACUUUAUCCGUGCUCAGUCUUCGAUGAAGCUCUACGUGAUAUACAACAUCCUCGAGGUCGGCGAUCGGCUUCUUUCGGCUCUUGGCCAGGACAUUUUGGAAUGUCUCUUCAGCUCCGAAACUCUUUCGAGAAACAGCUCUGGGAGAUCGAAAGUUCUCUUACCUUUUGGCAUGUUCAUCCUCUCCCUGAUAUACAAUGUCAUCCAUACAAUGUGCUUGUUUUAUCAGGUUAUCACGUUGAAUGUGGCUGUGAACUCAUACUCCAAUUCCCUCCUCACCCUCUUGAUUUCGAACCAAUUUGUUGAGAUUAAAGGAAGCGUGUUCAAGCGAAUCGAAAAGGAGAAUCUCUUCCAAUUGACUUGCUCAGAUGUGGUGGAAAGAUUCCAGUUGUGGAUUAUCCUGUUAAUCAUUGCUAUGAGAAAUAUUGUCGAAGUAGGGGGUUUGUCCGUUCUUGGAGCUGGGAGUGAAAUGGACGGUGGCGCUGCGAAGACCGGUCCACUUCAUACCAGCUCGAGUCUACCCAACAGCUUUACGGUGUUACCUUCAUGGAUAUUGUCCGGCGAGGUUCUAUCACCGUUUCUGGUUGUGAUAGGAAUCGAGAUGUUAGUAGAUUGGAUCAAGCAUGCGUACAUCAAUAAGUUCAACAAUGUCAAGCCCAAGCUUUACCAUAGGAUGCUAGACAUCCUAUGUAAGGAUUAUUACACGAAUGCAUUUUCAGCACCCUCACUCACUCGAAGGUUGGGUUUACCACUACUGCCGCUAUCCUGCCUCUUCAUCCGUGCUUCGAUACAAGUUUAUCAUAUGUUCCUUGCGACGCAUCUUAGUCCUCCGAUUCCAACUUCAACCACAGAAUUAUCAGUGGAGUCUUCGGUCCCAUCCUCACCUGCUAUGAUUGCCGCAUUAGAGCACCUAGACACGUUGCUGAGGAACGCUUUGGGCCGAGCAGUCUACGGCCACCCAUACGAAUCGCCCCAUGUUCGACCUUUCUGGGCAUUUUCUUCUGACGAUGCAAUUGCACUGCUUACAAUGGUAGUGUUCUUCUUUCUCACCUGGGUUGUGCUUCUUAUCGUGAAGCUUCUCCUAGGUAUGGCUCUAUUACACUAUUCUAGAGAGCGGUACGCAGCGAUGAAGGUUAAGGAACAUUCAGUCGCUACUGGGAAGACGGAACGUGAGAAUUAUUCACAACCGGGAAAACGAAUUGGUUCUUGGGGAGCUGUUGAGAUCGGUGAUGAUCGUAGGAAGUGGAUAUACGAAGAUGAUAAAGAAGGAUUGAAGAAGAUGCGUGAACGAGAAAGGAAAGGAGAAGAGAAGUUUAAGGAGAAGGGCGACGAUGGACUUUCUAAGGUGGUAAGAUACGAGAUGGUAGCUAAACGGAUAUGGUGA